UUUCUCUCCCUCUAUUUAUUACUUCAUUUACUACGUUUAUUUUUAAAAAUAUUUUUUAGUCUAAAUCUACUCAAGUUUAUAAUGAAUCAAUUGUUUCGGUUGCCAUAUUUUGUAUCCUGUCGUUGUCUACAUACUAAAAAGCUUAAAAGGAGUCCUCCAAAAUAUUUCGACGAUCAAAUGCAAAUUCCAACGAAAUUGGAGCUUUAUGAAGUUAAACAGGCUAAAUGGACAGCUCCUGAGGAUGUUGCGGAUCUUUUUUGGCGUCGAAUUGUGUACAAUAGUUCAAUACUUUCAAUGAGACGAAUUUUUCGGGAAGAAUAUGAGGCCUCACCUACUGGUUUCAAUGCUAUCCAAAUAAAGAAAGAAGCAAAUGACGAGCUUGACAGAUUAAUUGAAGAAAAUGAAAAGAGAAAUAAAGAUUUGGCUGAUGCAAGAGCAGAACGCGAAAAAGAAGUAAUUGAAAGACUUGAGGAAGAGACUCUUUUGGAAAUUGAACGUCGAUUGGAUCGUGAAACUGAAAAGGCUGCGAUAAAAACUGAACAAAUUUUGUCGUUAAUUGAGCAAAGCAAAAAUUUCAUCACUAAAGAAAAUCUUGACGAAAAAGUUCGCGAAGCUUUGGAAAAUCCGAUUAAUCUCGAUUACGCGAUUGAUUUAAAUGGGGCAAAAAUUGAAAAUGUUCAGUCCCAAAAAUGCUUUGAAGGUAUUAAAGCUACCCAAAGAGGUAGGGCUUUUGAUCAUCAACCUGGUUAUGCUUUGAGGAAAUUGGAUACUAUUGUUCGGUUAGUUUUUUUAUAA